UCACACGGAGAGAUGAAGCCCAUCCCUCUGAUGACGCCGUACACGAUGGGCGAGUUCGACCUGUCGCACAGGGUCGUGCUGGCACCCCUCACGCGGCAGCGCGCCUACGGCGGCGUGCCGCAGCCGCACGCCGCCCUGUACUACUCCCAGCGCGCCUCCCCCGGCGGCUUCCUCAUCUCCGAGGCCACGCGGGUUUCGCCGCCGUCCUCGCGGCAGGAGGAGCCGGAGUCGUCUUUCGGGAACAUCCCCGGGAUCUGGGCGCCGGAGCAGGUCGGGGCCUGGGCGCCCGUGGUGGACGCCGCGCACGCCAAGGGCGCCGUCUUCUUCUGCCAGCUCUGGCACGUCGCCGGCGAUGCCGUCCGGCAACGGGAGCAGCAGGUGAGUCCCCAGAUGAGCUUCGACGGCCGCCGCAAGGAGCUGACGUCGCCGAGGAGGGUGGCGCAGGAGGAGGCUCCCCGCGUCGUCGAUGGGUUCAGACGCGCCGCCCGGAACGCCGUCGACGCCGGCUUCGACGGCGUCGAGAUCCUCGGCGCCAACGGCUACUUUGUCGACGGCGGCGGCAUGGACAUGGAGAGCUGGUGCCGGUUCGCGCUGGAUGUGGUGAACGCCGUGGUGCGGGAGAUCGGCGGCCAGCGCGUGGGCGUGCGGCUGGACCAGUUCAGCGCCGAGCCCGACGAGCACGCGCUGGCGCUCCACGUGGUGAGCCGGCUCAACGACCACGGCGUGCUCUACUGCCACAUGAUCGAGCCGAGGGUGGACGGCCGGCGGCGCGUGUCCCGGCAGCUGCUGCCGUUCAGGGAGGCGUUCGGCGGCACGUUCAUCGCCAGCGGCGGGUACGGGCGAGAGGAGGGCGACGCGGCCGUCGGCGAGGGUUACGCCGACCUGGUGGCGUACGGGCGGCUGUUCCUGGCCAACCCGGACCUGCCGAGGAGGUUCGAGCUCGGCGCACCGCUCAACGACUGCGUCAGCGCCACCUUCUACGGCGCCGGCGCCGGCGCCGACCCCGCCGUCGGGUACACCGACUACCCGUUCCUCGAAUGAUCGAGCUCGAAUACUGCUUUCGUCAUUGGCAGUUCACCAAUCCGGUCGUAUCUCACACAAUAAACCAUGAUCGAAUGGUGGCUUCAAAUGUCCAUUUCGGCCAUGAUCGAAAUUUUUUAUUUGAACUCGAUCGAGAUCCAAGGAAUUUCACUUUUUUUUAAACACAUGACGACAUUUUGUUACAUACCAAAAUGGUUAUUUUUUCUCUUUUCUCUUUUGAAAAUUUACUUUUA